CAGCCCGUGCGAGGCUGUCCUGGAGACCCCGCGCUGCCUGCACCUCUAUCGUCUCGGUUGUCAUGGAUGAUGAAGACGGCAGGUGCCUUCUCGAUGUAAUUUGUGACCCAGAAGCUCUGAAUGACUUUCUUCAUGGAUCUGAGACCCAUUUGGACACUGACGACCUUUUGGAUGGUUCAAGUGACCCCUCCAGCUCGUUCUUCUCUACCACUGGGGGCCAUGUUCCAGAGGUCCAGCCUACAGCCCAGCUGUCGGCCAGUGAGUCAACAGGCCUUCCCAGAGUCAGUGUUGACUUGGACUUCUUGGAGGAUGACAUCCUGGGAGAAUCCCCAGGUGGAGAGGGUGGGAGUAAUGGCAUUGGGACAAAUCAUGAGCCAUGUGACAUCCUGCAGCAAAGUUUGGCUGAAGCCAACAUCACAGAGCAAAGCUUACAGGAGGCAGAAGCUGAGCUGGACCUGGGCUCCUUUGGAAUUCCAGGCCUUACACAGGUGGUUCAGACACUGCCUGAUGCCAGCCUCUCUGGGGCUGGAAGCACUGCUGUUGGUGUAGGCAUUGGUGUUGGGGGAGCAGCAACAAUUUUUCCUGGGUCAGCCACGAGCACCACUGCUACUCCCCCCAACGCCACAACUGACAUGCUAGGGUCAGUCCUCGCUCAGCAAGGGCUUCAGCUCCAACCCCAGGUCAUGAACAAGGCCAUUAGUGUUCAGCCAUUUAUGCAGCCAGUGGGCCUGGGAAAUGUGACACUUCAACCCAUUUCAAGUCUUCAAGCUCUUUCUAAUGGGAGUCAGUCUGGACAUUUGGGUAUUGGACAGAUUCAGGUUGUGGGUCAGCCUACCGUCAUGACUAUCAAUCAGUCUGGCCAGCCAAUCCUGGCUAAAGCCAUGAGUGGUUACCAGCUGCACCAGUCUGGGCCAGAGGUAUCAGGUGCUGGUUCUCAAACAGGGCUCGGAGGCUCAGGAGGUGGACUUCUGAUCCAAAGUAAUAAAGCCACUUUGGGAUCUCCAGCUUUAAAUGGACCGGCUGUUUGUGUCAGCAGCACGAACAGCAGUAGUGGUGGUACAAUGACUGCUCCUGCCGGGCUCGUGGGCUUUGGCAGCACCCCUCUAAGUUCAGGAAUAGGACCCCAGACACAACCUCAAGGCCAAAUCAUGCAGAACGUGAUCAUCCAGCGCACACCAACACCUAUUCAGCCUAAACCCCCUCAGGGGGGAGCCAUCCAACCGAAAAUCUUCAAACAGCAACCGCAGCCGCCACAGCCAGCACCCCAAGUCUUGCAAAAUGAUACCCAUAAGGCCCUAGGGCUGCAGCAACUUCCAGUUUCUGCUCCUCAGAAUGUAGCCUUCCUGACAGGAAAGCCAGGCCCCAAUGUUGUCCUGAGUACUCAAGCCACAACCCAAGGCCCUCAGUUUCAGCAAACUCUCUUCAAGCAACAAGCAGCACAACCAUCUGGCAAGCCCCUCAGUGUACACUUGUUAAACCAACCAAGCAGCAUCGUUAUUCCCUCACAGACAGUUCUACAAGGUCAGAACCACCAGUUUCUCUUACCACAGCUACAAGCAGGUGGGCAGAUCCUGACGCAGCACCCUGGGGGCCACAUCAUAACAAGUCAGGGUCCGGGCGGGCAGCUCAUUGCAAACCAGAUUUUAACUGCAAACCAGAAUAUCAAUUUGGGUCAGGUGUUGACGUCACAGGGCCAUCCUGGGGCAGCUCACAUCCUCUCUGGACCCAUUCAGCUCCAGCCUGGCCAGAUGGGCACACCUACCCUUUUUCAGAUGCCUGUCACAUUGGCUCAGAGUCAAAAUCCGACACAGACCCAGACUGUCUCAGGCCAUGCCCAGACAGUCAUACAGGGCAUGCCAAUUCAGAACUCCCUGACCAUGCUGAGUCAGGUGGAAGGACUGAGCCCCGCUGUCAGCCUUCAGCCAGCCCUGCAGCCCCAGCCAGGUGGAGUCCCCAGCAGCACAGUAGCGGCAACUAUGGCUCAAGGCCAACCAGGAGAGUGCGUAACUGUGCUGGGAAGCUCCACAGACCAGGCUACUCAUCCCACUCAGCAGCUUGUACCACAGUCAUCUAUCCUCGCCAUGCAACCGGCUUCUUCUGUGUCCACGGCUACCACCGCAUCUUCCUCCUCUCCGUCCAUGUCUGUUUCCACCUCUUCCUCUGUCACAGCAGUGGGGCUGGUCCCCCCUCAGGCUCAGCAAAGUCCAGGGAGGUUACUGUUCACCAACCAGGGCUCCAGCAUGAUCCUGAGCCAGGAGUCUCUGCAAAUGUUUCUUCAGCAGGAGCAGCACCACCAAACAGAGAAUGAGUCAACCCCCUCUGUGGGCGUACCUGCAUCUGUAAUCGUCAGCAGCAACAGCAUCACUGCUCCGGCCCCUGCUGUCCAUGACAGCCAAUUAACUGACUCUUGGGUGGGUCAGAGCCACAGCCCUUCCCCUGGCCCCUCCCACAUGGUAAAGCAGGUACCCUCCGGUGGACAUCAGCAGCCUCUGAAGAUCCAGAGAAUGUCCCCUUCACCGGCCUUGACCACUCAUGUCACAGCGCCCCCAGUGGCAGAAAGUCCGCAGCCUUCCCAGUCUCCUCUCACUCUGAGCCAGCAGAUCCAGUCACCGCACCACCAACAGCAGUCACGUCCUCCCUCUCAGCCUCAGCCGCAGUCACAAACUCCCUCCCGCUCAUGCACACCCUCGUCUCACCCUCCACUCUUUAUUGUCCACAACCAAAUCGCAGAGUCCCCCAAACCAGCUCCGCAAGGCCAGCCACAGCAAACGCCACCCCAGCAGACACACAUUCAAGUUCAGCUUCAGCCUCAGCCAGCCUCUCAGCCUACCCCUUACCAACAAGACAUGCCUCCUAUGUCACAGUCACCGAAGCCUCCACCUGCGCAUCAUCAGUUUACUGCACCUCCUGUCAGCGCGUGUGCCGCCGCUGUGGUGAAAACCCAGGUUCCCAUCCAGGGCCUGACAUCAGAGCAGCAACAUCAUCUGCAGUUAGUAGGAGCACAAAUUCAGACUCUUUCAACCAUCUCUCAACCCUCACUUCAGCAGAAACAGCUGCUGGAAAAGCUGCACCAGGUCCAGCAGAACAUCAUGCUACAAGCCAAGCAGCCUGCUCAGCCUCAGCCUCAAGCCACCACUCAGUUUAGUUCCCAGCAAGAUGUGCCUCUUGAUAAAGUGGUGAUUGCAUCAUCAGCCAGCACUGGUGCACCUGCUCAGCUUCCCUCAAUGCUGCAGCCGACAUCAGUGCUUGUCAAAACUCCUGCUACAGCAUCAAGUGACUUACAGGUAUUCUCAGGAGCCCAAGGGCCAGGUGGAGCAAUGGUGAAUCAGACUGUCACUCCUGCCAGCCUUACCCAGCCUGCACAGGUUCAGCCAAAGCCAGGAGUGAUAAGCUCUGUAGGAGGGGUGACUCUGGGGAAAGGUGGCAUACAGAUACAGGUGUUGGGAGCUAGUCUGACUCAAAUGCCUGCUCCACAGCCCCCAGCUCCAGUACAAGCUCAGACAACAACAAUAAUGAAAAUGCCUUUCAGUGCAGAGCCCAGUAAAGAAGCCAGGAUGCUAGAACAGCUAAGGAAACAUCAGGGUUCAGUGCUUCACCCAAACUACAGUGCUCCUUUCCACUCAUUUGAGGACACACUGCACAGACUGCUGCCUUACCAUCUCUACCAGGGAACUGCCAACUCUUCUCAAGAUUAUCAAAGAGUGGAUGAUGAAUUUGAGAAGGUCUCCAGCCAGCUGCUGAAAAGGACUCAGGCCAUGUUGGAUAAAUAUCGUUACCUGCUCUUUGCAGAGUCAAAAAGACUGGGCCCCUCGGCAGAGAUGGUGAUGAUCGACCGGAUGUUCAUUCAGGAGGAGAAGGUUGCUUUGAAUCAGGACAGGAUUUUGGCCAAGGAGAGGCCAGAGGAGUUUGUGGCAAAUGUGCGAAUGUUGGAGAGUGUUUCAUCCCAGCAGAAAUCAUCAUCUGCUGAACCAACCCCAGUGAGCGGAGGUGUAUCUGCUGCUGUCCCCGCUCCAGCGCCUGCUGCUGCUGCUGCUGCCGCCGCCACCCCCCCGGGCCCGGUUCCAAUCAUUGCCCCAAACCCUGCACCUGCACCCACACCAGUUUCUGCUCCUGUUCCUCCUCCUCCUGCCUCAGUUCCUUCUGCUGCCCCGUCUCUUUCCCCGUUCCCUCCUACCAAGCUGGUGAUAAAGCAGGGUGGAGGCAGUGCAUCUGUGUCCUGGUCCAGCAGCUGUCCCCCACCUCCAGCUCCGGCUCCAGCUGUCAAGCCAGUGGCCGAACCUGCUAGCCAGAUCUCCUCUGUAGUUCGUACUCCAGCAGCAUCGUCCUCGUUUUCAUCCUCGUCAUCAAACUCUCAAGCGGCCGAUGAUGAUGAUGCUCUCCCACAGCGAACGAGCAAACCGCCUAUCAAGACCUACGAGGCUCGCAGAAGAAUUGGUUUGAAGCUGAAGAUCAAGCAGGAUCAAACGGGGUUCAGUAAGGUGGUCCACAACACUGCCUUAGACCCAGUGCACACACCUCAGCCUCAGCUGAGCAGCCAGUCUAUAUCCCAGACUCAGCCACAGUCUGAAGCUGCUGUAUCACAUGAGAAGACCCACCCUUCAUCAACCCCUUCUACUACAGUUAUCAGAACUCAGUCCCCUGUAUGCACUACUUCUGGCUUGUCGGUCACGAUAUCAACCUCUCAGUGCAACCCAUCGCUGAGAGGCAGCGUUCCCCCCGUCGCAGCUCCAUCUUCCUCCACCCUUUCAUCCCAUACUUGGUCUUUGUCCACUUCCUCAUCUUCCAUUCAGAUGAAUGGGACAUUGGAUCACCACGACACAAGUGGGGUCAAACACAACCCUGCCAACCCUGCCUCCACUGCCACUUCCUCUCAGACAACCUGCCGCCUCCCCCUUCGAAAAACCUACCGUGAAAACAUUAGUCCCCGGGUCAGACCUGGCGUCCCAGGUGGAGGAGACGAAAAUUCAUCCUACCCCAGAACCACACCGUCACCCCCCAGACUCGAGGCCUCAACUCCUCCCUCAGAGCGGACAGUGAUAGCCAGCGUGAAAGUAGAGAAAAGAGACAGGGAGGCCUUACUCACUCACACGGAGUCGAGACACGACAGUGGCCGUUUAGGGAGUGCGGUGCAGAGGCUGGACGAAAUGGAUGAUGUGUUUAAUCGUGGGAUCAAAACCACACAACACCAUCAUCUCCCACAGCUCCUGGACAGGGAAGGGGCAAAGGAGAGAGAGGACGAGCACACAGACCAAGAGACAGAUGUAAGUAAAUACAAGAGGCUGAGUGGAAAAAAUCGGCAUAAGGCAGGAGGAACAUUCAGAAUGGACCAACACGCCCCUGGGCCUCCCUCACCAGAGUCUUCCUUCACAAGAGACUCUUUGCUUCCUGCCAAACGCUGCAAGUCGGACUCUCCUGACAUGGAUAACGCCAGCUUCUCCAGCGGCAGCCCGCCAGACGACUCACUGAACGAGCACUUGCAGUGCGCCAUCGACAGCAUCCUAAACCUGCAGCAGGAACCCUCCACCCGCGGACACCAUAUUAAAGGGGGCAACAGCAGACCCCACCAACACCAAAGUCAGCGCCCAGGGGGCUCAACAGCCUCAUCCCACAGACCUUCAGUUCCACCCCCUUCCUCUGCUUCCUCGUCCUCUUCCUUGGCCCAGCACCCUCAGGUUGGUGGCCGGGGCCACAAUGGCAGCCUGGUGCCCCAGACUCAAAGUAGAUAACAGCCCCUCAGCCUCAGACCGGACUGAUGAGGGGGAACUGAGAAACAGUUUAACGAGGCAGGGGAAAGGGCACUGUGAAAACAGUAUCACUGUAGUACUCUGCCAGGCUGUGUUGGCUUUGUUUGUCUAUUUGAAUUGUCCAAACAUUUCUCUGUCAUUUACAGUCUGAAGUAGCCCCACGAUGGAAGUGUGAGCGUGCUCGAAGAUAAAACGGUGAAUUGCAGACUUGAACGAGCUUGGCAUGUGUGCUCCCUCAGCCAGACUUGAGGAACAGGAUUAAAUUGUCAGUGGCAGUUCUCUUUCUUUCUUCACUUCUGAUCUGUUCAUACAUUCCUUUCAUGGGGCCUGAGCAUCUCUAUCCACAGUGGUUCAUCUUUGGGUUUAAUCAGUGUCCUAAUGAGCAUCAGACGGCCUGUUCAAACAGUUUAAAGUCAACAGCCUUUCACUUAGAUAGCUGCAGCAGAAAGGCCAAAGAGGUUACUGCAGUGUUGUACUGUAAACGGUCAGAAUACAUGCAGUAUACUUCUGCAAAUACCAUAUUUGAUUGUCUUAUUGCAAAGGUUGUGCUGCUCCACAAACAACACCUGCUAAAAUGAUGCAGUCCAACUCUUCAUAAAGAAAUGUGUUCUUGAUAAAGUCUAUUAACCCUAAAGAUCAGCUCAUUGGUCUCAGGGUGGAAACAAAGUACCGUCAGCCUCUGUGUCUCUACUCUAAACAGAUAUCACGCCUUGAAACCGUUUGGACUGCUCUGGGAUGCUGUUAUCCUGUCAGGAUGUAAAUGAGCUUGUAAGGAAGUGCAGUUCUUUUCUGUCAGAUGUUUUUGGGACUGCGCCUCCACACUCUCACUGCGACCUCCUGUUGCCUGUGAUGGCAGGUUAGGACUUUAUGCAUUUCAGUCAGCAGGGGUCAGGCAAGGUUUAACUGAUUCUCUGUGUUUUCAGUUUUUGGAUCUUCCUGCCGCUGUAUGUCUGUAUCUCUGCCUCCCUUUUGUUUUAUUUUUAUAAGCCUGGUGGACAAUUCAAACACAAACACAGCACAAGCAUUGAAAUUGAAAAAAAGGAACAAUAAUAAUGUACAAAAAGACCGUAAGAGAAUUUGAAGUAUAGUAUUACAGAUUAAUUUUGUAUUGUAUUUAUUGUGUAUAAUGACACUUUUUAAAAAGAAAAUGUACAUUUAGUAAAA